UUUAUUCCAUGGCGGGCCCCAGAGCAAUUGCGGAGCCAAAGCAGGUAGGUCCCAUGGCUAGAACCGGAAGACCAACAACCAAAUGCCAAGCAAAGCUUUCACACGAACACCCUCGCAUGACCCCAAUAUCACCGGAGCUGAACCAAGCGCAGCCAAGGAGCAGAAGCUUCUCCCAUGGAUCGGACCAGUGAUGAGGAGGCAGGCAGAGGCAGGGGGCUUGGCUGUGGCUGUAUAUAAUUAGGCGCAGCGCGGCAGGGAUGGGGUUGGUUUAGUUAGCGGAACAGCCAACGCCGAGGAAAGAAUAGACAAUCAAUCGGAGUUACACCCUGCUCUCUUCCUCCUUCCUUACUUUCUUCUCCCAUCAUCCUACAGGCUCUCUCUCUCUCUCUCUCUCUCUCUCUCUCUGGGUUUCUAGCCGGAGGAGGAGGAAGGAUCCGAACGGGAUUGUCUUUGGUGUCUUGGGGGAAGGGCACUGCGGUCCAGGAAUCGGGGUCGCCGGGCGCGGAAUUUGAUCCAGGAGGGCUAUUUGUGCGAAUGGAGGCGAGAAUAUUAUAAUCUUUGGUAGCCGCCAGUUGUUGUUCUGUUUACACAUAACUACGGAACCUUCAAAUCCAAUUUUCUGCUUCCUGCAAAAUGUCAGUGCGGCGCCGGUCAGCGAGCAUGGAAGGGCUGUUCACGUUGGAUGACAGGAAAGAACGGAGGUCAGAUGUGGAGAAUUCUGAGGAUGAGCGAAGGAGGCUAUCCAUUGGGUCGCUGAAGAAGAAGGCGCUGAAUGCAUCAAACAAGCUCACACAUUCACUCAAGAAGAGGGGAAAAAGAAAGGUAGAGCAUCGGGCCUCUUCCUUCACAAUCGAAGAUGUCAGGGAUGAGGAAGAGGAGCGUGCCGUCUUUACCUUCCAGCAAGAGCUUUUCAACAGGAACUUGCUACCUGACAAGCAUAAUGAUUAUCACUUGUUGCUGAGGUUUUUGAAGGCUAGGAAAUUUGACACCGAGAAGGCUAUCCAAAUGUGGGCUGAGAUGCUCCAGUGGAGGAAAGAGUUUGGAACAGAUACAAUACUAGAGGACUUCAAUUUUGAAGAGCUAGAUGAGGUACUAUGCUAUUAUCCUCAGGGAUACCAUGGAGUUGACAGGCAGGGAAGACCAGUAUACAUAGAGAGACUAGGGAAAGUGGAACCAAACAAACUGAUGCACAUUACUACGGUUGACCGCUACAUGAAGUAUCACGUGCAAGAGUUUGAGAGAGCCUUCAGGGACAGGUUUCCUGCUUGCUCCAUUGCAGCGAAAAGGCAUAUUGAUUCUACAACCACUAUACUAGAUGUCGAUGGCGUGGGUUUGAAGAAUUUCAGCAAAACAGCAAGAGAUAUGCUAAGUAGAAUGCAGAAGAUAGACAGUGACUAUUAUCCUGAGACACUGCAUCAGAUGUUUGUUGUGAACGCUGGUAGUGGUUUCAAGCUACUCUGGAAUUCGGUGAAAGGCUUUCUUGACCCUAAAACUGCCUCAAAGAUACAUGUUUUGGGAACAAAGUUUCAGAACAAGCUUCUUGAAGUAAUAGAUGCAAGCCAACUUCCUGAUUUUUUGGGGGGAAUAUGCACUUGUGCUGCUGAGGGAGGAUGUCUCAAGUCUAACAAAGGUCCAUGGAAUGAUCCAAACAUUAUGAAGCUCGUACAUAACAGGGAAGCAAAAUUUAUAAGACAUACCAGACGCUUAUCUGAGAUUGAGCAAAGGAAGAGUUCAUUUGCUAGGCUACAUCUGUUGAAGGGUAGAAAUAGUGACACGUCAACAGUUGAGUCAGGAUCAGAUGUUGAUGAUCUAGGUUCUCCUAUGAUGAGAACCGCAGUGGGGUGUAGUCGUUUAGCUCCAGUUCGUGAAGAAAUGCAGAUCAGAGCACGAGACUCUGCAGCUUACUACAGUUGCGACGAUCACUUUGUUGUGGUGGACAAAACGGUUGAUUAUGGUCGAGGAGGAUCAAUGUCCGACAAAAGCAGUGCUUCAGAAGUAAGAACUCGAGCUCAGCCUUUGGGCACAGCACCGCACAUGCCAGGUUUCUCAAUUAGUAGACAAGGUCCAGUUGUACCUGAGGAGGAUUUGGAUGAAGGAAACUUCUAUAGAUUUGUCCGAUUACUCUUGGCUAUGAUUGUCAAAGUUUUUGCCUUCUUCCACAUAGUAUAUGGUCAGCAGGAAAUGAGGGUCAACAAUCCGCUUCCUCCAGCUGAACGGGAACCGCCUUCAGACGAUCAUCCAGCGGUAGAAACUUUCAAUGUGGACCACAUUAGUCCUGUCAUCGAGCGCCUUCAGAGGCUCGAAGGGAAGGUCGAUGAGCUGGGCAGCAAGCCCCCAGAGAUCCCCAUGGAGAAGGAGCGCUCCCUAUUGGAGUCAUGGGAUAGGAUAAAGUGUAUUGAAUCUGAUCUGGAGCGGACAAAGAAGGUGCUGCAAGCUACGGUGAUGAAGCAACUGGAAAUUGCAGAGUCGCUAGAGGAAGUGGUUAGGUCAAAGCUACGUAGACGGCGAUUUUGUGCCUAAUAGUCAUGACUGCUGAAUUAACAAUACACUUCAUCAAGGGGUUGAGACUCCUAAGAGUACAGUUGCGGCAAACGAUAUGCAUAAGACAAUCGAUGAAUGGUUGUGUGCAUCCUAGAGGUUAUGGUGUAGAGGCUGGGAGUUGUACUUUCAUUAUUUUAAAAAUAAAACAGUCGAUGAGUGUAGUGCAGUCCGUGCAUUUCGGAGUUAAGAUUAGCUCGAAGAAUGUUCCAUUUUUCAUCUUUUCUCUUGUAACUCAAAGAGGGUUUGUCCAUUUUUCUUGCUAACAAAGAGGAUGUAGGAUGUUACCGAUAAAACUGGAACAAUACAGAGGAAGUAGGAUGGACGGCAAUAUAGUUAGUAAAGGUAGAAUUGUGGAAAGUAGGUGGUACAGAUAUACCUCUUGAGAACAUGCGCACUAGUGUGUUCGUUGCCUAAGAGUUGUGGGAUGUUGGAAAGUUAUACAAGUCAUGGAAAUUCCACUUCCAUCUCAGUGAUUCAGAGAGGGUUGAAAACCUCAACUCUGCAAUUUGAGGAUUUUGCUUGUCACAGUGGAGUAACUAACGCCUGUAACUAACCGUCAGGGCCUCUUUUGGAGGCAGGUGGUUAAAAACAUAAAAAUAGGAAAUAUGUAUGAAUGGAAUA